AUGCGGAUAAUCGCGACGUGUUGCCGAUUGUAUAUUCAAGUUAUAAUCAUCGGUUUGUUUCUCAGUGGCAGCGCAAAGGUUAUACGCUCUGAGUCUGCAUGGAAUGGUCGCGUCACGCCCGAAUCGACGAAACUUGCUCCAUUUACACCUUACUAUGUCCCGCCUGGAGCAAAAAGUUAUGAUUCUACCUCCCCUUUUAUAUCGUACAAGGGCGUAUGGUCGGACCACUAUUCAACCAGCUAUGUUGGGAAAUCUCUUCGGUCGACCUCUGAUCCUGGUGCGGAGGUGGUCAUGACUUUUACGGGCACUGGUAUAGAAUGGUUCGGGAACAUGGACCAGACACAUGGUGUUGCCCUCGUCAUGAUUGACGGUCAAACCGUGGGGGAAGUCAACACGUACAUCAACCAAACUAUUCCCCUCAAGCAGCAGAGGUUAUUUUCGAAAUUCAAUAUGAAGCCUAUCUCUCAUACUCUCAAGAUUAUCAAUCUUGCAAAAAGACCAGGUUCUAUCAGAAAGACUGUCAUUGAUGUGGAUGCCUUUGUCGUUACUAGAGGGUAUGCAAUUCGUUCAACAACUUCGCGUCGUUUUUCUUCAAAUGAUUCUACACGAGUUGAUUCUAAUGCGAUGCCUCGAGCUAUUCCUGAAUGGACUCUAAUUCAAAAUGGAUCAACUGGGGUUCAUGCUAUGCAAUUGUCGAUUGUCUCUGACACUCACGCUUUGAUUAUUGACAAAGUAGAACACAAUCCAGUGUCUAUUGACGGUCAUCCAGCGUGGGCAGCAUUGUACAACCUUGUUGACCAUUCAGUCACACCUUUGAGAAUGCAAUCGAAUUCUUUUUGCGCCGGUGGAACAUUUCUAGGCAACGGUACUCUUAUCAAUGUUGGAGGAAAUCCUGUCGUUGAGACACACACAUCUGCAGCUGACUUUGGCGACUUAAAUGGACUCCAGGCCAUCCGCAUUUUCGAACCCUGCGAUUCAUCCACUGCAACUUGCGUGAUAUACGAAAAUCAUUCACGCAUACGCAUGGCAAGUCCCCGGUGGUACAACACUGUUAUCCGGUUGGCUGAUGGCAGUGCCAUGAUUAUUGGAGGAGCUCGUAAAGGUGGUUGGAUCAAUAAUGCCACUGUCAACAAUCCUACUGUCGAGUAUUUUCCUCCAAAAAAUAUCAAAGGGUCAAACGGCAUGCCAAUUAACCUUUCUUUAUUAAUAAAUAGCCUGAGAUCGAACCUAUUUCCGAUUGCUUUUGUCCUUCCAGAUGGAAAAGUGUUUAUUGCUGCCAAUCGCGAUGUAGUAAUUUACGACUGGCAGGCUGAUACGGAAAGAUAUCUCCCACAGAUUCCCAAUGGUGUCCGUGUGACGUAUCCUAUGGCAGGAACCGCCUUGUUACUGCCUCUGUCUCCUGAAAAUGGAUAUGUACCAGAGGUAUUGAUAUGUGGUGGUUCCACUGUGGACGACGCAAAACCGGGGUACGAGUUGUCUUCUCAAGACCCAUCUUCGUCCCAGUGCUCGCGAAUGGUCUUGGACGACGAUGGCAUCGAGGCAGGCUGGCAAACAGAGGAUAUGCCCGAUGCUCGUUUGAUGCCCGAUGCAGUUCUGCUUCCGACAGGAAAGAUUGUCAUAGUCAAUGGCGCUGGGUCAGGGAUUUCGGGGUACGGCAAUGUCGUGGAUCAAAUUGGAGCGUCGAAUGCAGAUAAUCCAAUUUUCAUGCCUGUCCUUUACGAUCCAUUAGCACCUGUGGGAGGUAGAUUUUCAUCCAAUGGUCUGCCCACAAGUUCUAUCCCAAGGCUAUACCACAGUGUCGCCACCCUCACUCCUGUCGGAAACAUAAUGAUUGCAGGCAGCAACCCGAAUCUCGAUCGAAGUGAAAUAAAAUAUGGCACAGAAUAUCGCGUUGAAUGGUUGAACCCGCCAUAUAUUUUCAUGGAUCGACCUAUGAUUACAAGCUUUGACAUCAAGAUACCCUUUGGUGCAAGCGUGAAUGUUGAAGCACUAUUGCCUGGCAAUCAUAAUGAUAAUAUACAGUUUGCACUUAUGGACUUAGGUUUCGUUACUCAUGCAGUUCAUGCAAAUUCACGACUGGUCUACCUUUUGUUUUCAUAUCAAAAUGGAGUAUUCGCUAUUCAAGGUCCCCCUAGUGGGAACGUUUAUCCUCCAGGUCCUGCAUGGCUGUACAUCGUCGUCGACGGUGUUCCUAGUGAAGGACGGAAAGUCAUGGUAGGGGAUGGGGGAGGACCGCCUGUUGAUGAGAAUGCAACCCAAAAUGUGCUAUCAAACACCGCUGUUGACCAGCACGAAUCUUCACAAGUAGAGGGAGAUGCCUCAGAGUGA